AUGGGUGCCGCUGCUACUAGUAGUACCGCCAAUAGCCCGUCAACUUGCCGUAUAACUACCAGUAGCAGUCAUACCAGUGCUACUCGAACUAAUGCCUACUAUUCUCAUGCUACUACUAGAAGUUACGAUACUAGGUCUGGUGGUGCAUCUCCUGCCGCCGCUAUCUCCCCGCCUCCUUCCUCGAGCUUUCCUGCGACUUCCGUUUUCCUCCCGGCCCUGCUGCGACUGGGAGCCGAUCUGAGCGACGACCCCGACGACAGGGAGCAGGUCGUCGCACAGGGCUUCGCCCGCGCCCACGCGAGGCCGCAGGGUCGCAGGCACCGUCGCACGGGGAGCCUGGAUGCGAUGCUGCUGGCGGAAACGGCGACGGCUGGGAAGCGCACGGCCAUUACUUGCAUGAGAGGGGGUGGUAAUACUACCGCCGGCAGUGCUGGCACCACUGCUGCUAGUAGCACAGCGGGAGAUGCGGCGCGCAGCAUGGAAGGAGGCUCUAAGAAGGUCGAGGAGCCUUCAGAAGAUGCCACGUCGUUCCCAGCCAUGACUGUUUCAGACGAGAACUGUAGCAGCAGAAGAAGCAGCAGCAGCGGAAGCAACAGCAGCUGCUGUGAUGACUCUACAGGCUUUAAGGGCUUUCAGUCCGUUCCCACAGCCUCUCGGCCCGCCACUGGCUCACCAGAGCCUGUAGGCUUCGGUUCUGCGGGGUUCAUUGAUUCCUCGGGAUUCAAGGGCUUUAAGCCUGCGUUCCUGCGACUGGGGGACGAUUUGGGCGACGACCCGGACGACUGGGAGUGGCUCGCAGGCGGGCAGCAGCUGACGUGGAGCAAUCCUGGCGGUCCAUUGAAAGAAGGGGCACGCGGAGAUGAUGAUAUCGUCAGCCUUGCCGCCCCUUCCGUCAGCCUUGCCGCCCCUUCUGUCAGCCUUGCCGCCCCUUCUGUCAGCCUUGCCGCCCCUUCCGUCAGCCUUGCCGCCCCUUCCAUCAGCCUUGCCGCCCCUGACGUCGCCGCCCUCGUCCCUGCCUUGCCACCGCGAUCCCCGAAACCUGUCGCUGGACCGGUGGAGAAACGGGGUUCCUUUCAACAGCAGCAACAGCAGCCGCGGCUGCGGCGGCAGCAGCACCGCCGAACGCACUCCUCUUGGGGCUCCGGAAGCUUCUUCCCUGGGAGGUUUCGGCGGGGGCGUGUGGAGCAGGAGCACGUGCAUAUGACGAGACAGGAGCCUGUGAAUGGGUUGGAGAAAAGGUGUGGAGAAGGGAGAGAAGGGCGAGGGGUUGGUAAGGAAGAGGGGGGGCAUUAG